CUGUCAUUUCAUCAUGUCUGACAGCCGCUGUCAACUGCGCUCUUUCCGGUGUCGAUCGUCCACCAGCCUGCACACUGUUUUGUGAGCGCUGGUAAAAGUUAUUUCGCUUCAAGAUGGGGAGACGUCCCGCAAGAUGUUAUCGCUAUUGUAAAAACAAGCCGUACCCGAAGUCGCGGUUCUGUCGAGGUGUUCCGGAUCCAAAGAUCCGUAUCUUCGAUUUGGGCCGCAAGAAGGCUAACGUGGAAGAUUUCCCACUGUGCGUCCACCUGGUGUCGGAUGAGUACGAACAGCUGAGUUCGGAAGCGUUGGAAGCGGGCCGUAUUUGCUGUAACAAGUAUCUGGUGAAGUUCUGCGGCAAGGAUCAGUUCCACAUCCGUAUGCGGCUGCACCCGUUCCACGUUAUCCGCAUCAACAAGAUGUUGUCCUGUGCCGGAGCCGAUAGGCUUCAGACUGGAAUGCGUGGUGCCUUCGGCAAACCGCAGGGAACCGUCGCCCGGGUGCACAUCGGUCAGCCGAUCAUGUCCGUGCGCUCGAGUGACCGCUUCAAGGCCCAGGUCAUAGAGGCACUGCGUCGUGCCAAGUUUAAGUUCCCAGGUCGCCAGAAGAUUUUCAUCUCCAAGAAGUGGGGCUUCACAAAGUACGACCGGGACGAAUACCUGAAGCACCAGGAGGAGGGUCGCUUGGUGAACGACGGAUGCGGUGUCCAGUUCAAGAACGAUCACGGUCCACUGGUCAAGUGGGAACAUCACCAGAUGAACCGACUGAACGCUGCUUAGGGUGAAGGAUUUUUUUGUAUGUACAUUGAGAUCCAGCUGACGGAAAAAAAUAUCUUAAAAUCGAACGUUGAAAGUUGCUUCAUCGAAAUAAAGAUUUACUGCAUUUUGGUGGCAA